AAAAUGAAGUUUUUAAUACUUAUGUGUUUUGUGCUUUCAUUGAGUAAUGCUAUCGUUGACAAGGAAUGGGAAGCAUAUAAGAAACAAUUUAAUAAAAAUUACAAAACUGGUGCCGAAGAGGACUCGCAUUACAAUGAGUACAGAAAUACCAAGAAUGAAAUACUCAGACAUAACCAGAGAUUCAUGGAUGGGAAGGAGUCCUACUAUAAGGGAAUCAAUCAGUUCACGGAUAUGACUUUGUCAGAAGUGAGGGCAACAUCCAUGGGUUACGGAGGCCUUAAAAAGUCACAGUACGAGUCAUUACGCAAACACGUGCCCCGACUGAGCCAACCCCUGCCCACUGCCGUCGACUGGCGUAAGAAAGGCAUCGUUACGCCCGUCAAAGACCAGGGCGGGUGCGGCUCGUGUUGGGCCUUCUCGGUUGUCGGCGCUCUGGAGGGUCAACACGCGAAGGGAACCGGAAAACUGGUCUCUCUGUCCGAACAAAAUCUGGUUGACUGUACCCGAGAUGAGGGUAAUUUCGGGUGCGAUGGGGGCUGGCCUUACGACGCCUACGAGUAUAUCGUUAGAGUGGCGCAGGGUCUGGACACUGAAAAGGGCUAUCCGUACAAAGGGGUCGACCAAAAGUGUAAUUUCUCGGUCUCGUCGAUCGGCGCCAGAGCGACGGCCUUCGCGAUACUGACGCCCGGAAACGAGUCAGUCCUUCAGGAGUCCGUCGCAAACAUCGGUCCCAUCUCUGUGUGCAUCGAAGCGUCGGGUAAUUUCAUGUCCUAUUCUGGCGGUGUGUUUGACGACAAGACCUGUUCCCCAAACUUUGAUUAUAUAAAUCAUUGCGUUUUGGCCGUCGGCUACGGCACGGACACCAAAACCGGUAAAGACUAUUGGAUUGUGAAGAACUCGUGGGGAACGGUAUUUGGUGAGGAGGGCUAUAUCCGGAUGAGCCGUAAUAAUAAGAACCAGUGCGCCAUUUCCACACUGGCCUCCUAUCCACACGUCUACCCCACCGUAUAUUAAACUAUUAUUUUAUAUUAAUUUUUUGUAACAAAUUUCAAUAAAUAAAAGUUUUGUUAAAAUAGAA